AUGAGACUCAUCGCUUGUGUGAUAUUGCUAUCACUAUGUGUUGUUAUUGAGAGCUGUUUAAGAACGACAACGACGACGACGACCACUGUAGCGCCAACGACAACAACGACUACAACUACCACAACAACGACAACGACCACGACGACAACUACAACAACGACAACUACAACAACGACAACGACAACGACAACGACAACGACAACGACAACGACAACGACAACGACAACGACAACGACAACGACAACGACAACAACCACAACAACCACAACAACCACAACAACUUUGGCGUGCGCAUCUUGUACGUUGACCAAUCCACCUCUAACAAUCGAUUUGGCAAGCUCGGGAACGAUUCCAUUUGCUACGGAUGUUCUGGCUAAAAAUGCGGCUGGCUGUGUGGUAAGAGACUUUACAUGCACUUCAACCGCUCCUGGACCCUUUGGCUCAACAAUAUCGUUCAACAUGGACGCAGCUGGUACGACAAGUGGAACACCCACUUCAACCGCCGAAUUGGUCUGCAGUGCUGAUGGAACGGGAUGGACGCUGACUGCAAACGGAGCCACAUCAACGAUCACCACAAUUGGAUGCUUUGCUGUCACUUCAACCACAACGACGACUACGACUACUACAACUACAACGACCACAACGACAACUACUACGACCACAACAACGACCACAACUUCAACUACCACAAGUACUACCACGGCUACGACUACCACAACCACCACUACAACGACUACAACUACGACCACUACGCCUACAACUACUACGACAACCACCACUACUGCAACGACGACUACAACUACUACAACGACGACAACUACUACGACAACUACAACGACGACGACUACGACGACCACAACAACAACUACGACAACGACAACAACAACAACGACCACCACAACUACCACUACUACAACAACGACCACCACAACAACCACAACUACGACAACGACAACAACCACGACGACGACUACAACAACGACGACUACGACCACAACUACAACUACCACGACGACGACCACAACUACCACUACUACAACAACGACAACUACAACGACGACUACAACUACCACGACGACGACUACGACGACCACAACAACUACGACAACGACAACAACCACGACGACCACAACUACCACUACUACAACAACGACUACGACAACGACGACCACAACAACUACUACCACCACAACCACCACUACCACAACGACCACUACAACGACAACGACGACAACGACUACUACUACAACUACAACGACAACAACGACUACUACAACUACGACAACCACGACGACAACUACUACUGUUGCUUUAGCCUGCGCUACAUGUACGCUGGCUAAUCCAAUGCUAACGAUUGAUACGACAAGUAGUGGAACAGCACCAUUUGAAAGCCAAGUGCUUGGAACAAACGCGGCUGGUUGUGUGACUCUGGAUCUAACUUGUACAUCAUCGGCGCCGGGGGGUUUUCAGGCCACGAUUUCUUUCAACAUGGAUGCGGCUGGUACAGCGAGUGGAACGCCGAGCGUAAUGGCGCAAUUGGUGUGCAGUGCUGACGGAUCCGGAUGGACACUCACCGCAAAUGGUUUCACAACAACGAUCACCACAAUUGGAUGCUUUGCUUUCACGUGUACGAAUACACCAUCUCUUUGUCCU